CCCCCCCCCCCCUUGUGUAUGGAGAUCGUCAACACGUGGAGACAGACAGUCAACACGUGGAGACUGGAGACAGACAGUCGACACGUGGAGACAGACAGUAGCGGGUCGCGAGCUCACGGCUCCAGGCAAGAUCUCCCUCCAUCUCACCGUCCCCCCCACUGGUAUCACGAUGAAGCGGCCUUUCACAGAUGCGCAGUAGUUUCCACAAAUGCCCGGUCGGUGCCCGCUGUCGUCUCCACACACUUCUUCUCCGCUCGUCGUCUCUCGAUCACCGCCGCGCUCCUCUCGACCUCCCCGCCGUGCUCUCUGUGCGUCGUCUCGGCGCUCAACUUCUCUCUCUGCCAGCGCCACCGUCGCGCCCGAGGCGACACUCCUCGGGACACGCGAGCGACAACGUUCCAGUGCACUCGUGAAUUGGACUCGCGCUGAACUUCGAGCAGGCAGCGGCAGGCGGCGGCCAGCGCAGGUAGACUCCGGUGCGGUGGACUGCCAUCGAGGUGGUGACCUCGCGCGCAGGCGAACUCAGCCGGGUGGAGCGUCGCUCGUCCGCACGCGACCCGAGGGUCGUCGACGAAACAUUGGCGGCGGCGGCGGCGGCAUCAUGAAGUGCGGAAGGUCGCGGGCCACGCCGGAAUCGUCGCCUUCGUUGCCACCUCGGGCCCCGCUCGCCGGCGCGGAGGCCUCACUGAGACGGGCCCUGGCCGUGGCGCGGCGCGACUCCCGGGCGUGGGAUGCGGCCGUGGCGUCGUGCGAGGCCCCGCUCGCCUCGCUGGCCAACAGGGCCGAGCAGCUGCGGUGUCUGCGCGACGUCGACCUGGACGCGACCCCACUGAGGGAUUUCCCCGACCUGGGCCCCCGGCUCGGCUACAAGAUCGCCCAGGCCAUGGAGGAGCUGCUGGCCAGGGUGGAGGAGCAGAUGAAGGUUCUGCAGGAGUUGCGGGACCAUCUGAGCGGCGAGUUCGGCACCUGCUGGGCCACAUACGAGAGGGACGCGCCCGCCCUGGCCGCCUGCCUGCAGCGCACGGCCCUGCGGCCAUCGCUGGCCGACAUGCUCGCGUGGCUGCAGGAUGUGGAGCGGAUGCGGCGCCUCGAGUUCGUGAAGCGAAGGCUGCUGCUGCAGAGGGUCGGCGAGCAGGACCUGGGCUACAUCCAGGGCCUCCCGCAGGCCUGGGCUCGUCUCUCCUCCAAGCGAGACAGCGACUUCAUUCACGAUGUUCUGCUGAACGUUUCCUUCUUCCUGGACGAGAAUUGAACCGGCUCGAGGAUCGUCUGUCACACGGUCAACCGCAUCACUGGCCGUAUGACUGUGUCCUGCAGUGUUUUACUAGCAACGAGGUGUACCGAGAAAAAGUUUAAUUUUUUAUUCAGGGUAAACUCACAACACGGCAGCAAAACGACAUUUUAAAUAGUUCCCAUGAGGAACUCGUACACAGGAAGGCACACGGUGUGCUAGUUUUUCACACACAAAGUUGACGCAUUAUUACUAUUCUGCUAACGCAGUUUCUUAUGUACACAUUUCAAAUGAUAAAACGACACUUUGUAAACAAAUCAACCUUGUCUAUACCUACUUUGAGUUUCUGCUGUACAUUGGAAUUUAAAAAAAGUGUAAAGAUUGUGAGAAUGUUUUUAACUUAAAAUAAAACUUUUGUAUUCAUUAAAAACAAA